UGGGAAGAUUUCCAAAAGCAUUUUUCCAGCAUUUUGGGGGACUUCUGGCCUCAGAGCGUAUGCACUGCGGUGCUAAGAGGCUGCCCUCCUGCAACGGUGACAGCAGCGGCUCCACCCCCAGUAACCUGGGUGGGGACAGAGAAGGAGCCCCUCCGCACCGGCGAAGAUGAGGAGAGCGAGGAAGAGGAGAGAGAGGACCUGGCUGAGAGUUCACUGCUCAACAAGCUGCUCCACACCUCGCUGGUAGAGAACAGCCACCACGUGGAGGUGCUGCAGCAGGACCCCUCCUCCCCGCUCUUCUCCAUCAGAACCUUCGAGGAGCUGCACCUGAAAAAGGAGCUUUUGCAGGGCGUGUACACCAUGGGCUUCAACAGGCCAUCGAAGAUCCAGGCGAAUGCUCUGCCCAUCCUGAUGGCGCAUCCACCCCAAAAUCUGAUUGCGCAGAGCCAGUCUGGGACGGGCAAAACAGCAGCAUUUGUCCUGGCCAUGCUGAGCAGAGUGAAAGGCGCUGAGAGGUACCCGCAGUGCCUUUGUCUGGCUCCCACUUAUGAGCUGGCCCUGCAGAUUGGCCAUGUGGCAGAGAAGAUGGGGCGGUUCUGCAAUGACAUCAGGGUCACCUAUGCUGUGCAGGGCAACAGAGUGUCCCCAGGCACCGUGCUGGAGGAGCAGAUUGUCAUUGGCACGCCAGGCACCAUGCUGGACUGGUGCUUCAAGCGGAGACUGCUCAACAUGAGGAGGAUCUGCAUGUUUGUGCUGGAUGAGGCUGACAUCAUGAUUGACACGCAGGGAUUCUCCUCCCAGAGCAUCCGCAUCCAGAGGGCUCUCCCCAAGAACUGCCAGAUGCUGCUUUUCUCCGCCACCUUCAAGGAAAAUCUCUGGAAAUUUGCCCUGCAAAUUGUCUCCAGGCCCAUCAUCAUCAAGCUGCGACAGGAGGAGCUCACUCUGACCAACAUUAGGCAGUACUAUUUUGUCUGCCAGAACUGGGAGCAGAAGUAUGAGGCCCUCUGCAACCUCUAUGGCAGCAUCACCAUUGGCCAGGCCAUGAUCUUCUGCCAGACCCGCCGGAGUGCAGACUGGCUCUCGGUGAAGAUGAUUCAGGAUGGGCACCAAGUGGCCAUGCUGACAGCAGAGCUGUCCAUCGUGCAGAGAGCUGAUGUCAUCCAGAGGUUUCGUGAUGGCAAGGAGAAGGUUCUCAUCACCACCAAUGUCUGUGCGAGAGGGAUUGAUGUGGCCCAAGUCACGAUUGUGGUGAACUUCAGCCUUCCCAUCAACCGUCAGAAGCAGCCAGAUUUUGAGACGUAUUUGCACCGCAUCGGGCGCACAGGGCGCUUCGGGAAGAGGGGCAUUGCCUUCAAUAUGGUGGACAGCCACAGCACGCACCUCGUGCGCUGCAUCGAGGAGCAUUUCCAGACUAAGAUCAAGAGGCUGGACCCAGAUUGCAUGGACAAGCUUGAGGAGCUGGAAAACUGAGCAAAAAACAUGGCUUAGCUUCAAAGAACUCACGUUUUGGUUUAAAGUAUAUGGGAAAUCCAGGAGAAAAUCUCCCAGUUUUCUGAGUUCCUGGAGGUGCUUGGUUUGUUGUGACAUUUUAGAAGGAGAGUACGGGGAAAAACCCUCAGCCUAAAAAAAUUAUUCUGAUUGGUUUCUUUGGUGUUUUGGGGGAAGGAAUCUUGGUGUUUUGUGGAGAUGCUCCUUGAUUUUCGGGCAGUGUUUGCCUGUUUUGGGCACUGUUGCUGUUUGGGAUACUGCUGCCCUGUUCUGGGCUCUGUUCCUUGUUUUCAGGUGGUGGUUUGUGGUUCUGGGGCACUGUUUGUUGGCUGAGGGUACGAUUCCUUGUUUUGUUGGUUGUUGUUGUUUUUUUUUUCUCUGAAGGAAAUAAGUGUAAAGCAGACAAGUCCCAGUUCAGCCAUCUCGGUGUCUAAGAUUUGUGCAGAAACUAGUCCUGAUGAGAGGAAGCACUGUUCUGGAAUGUGUUAAUUUCAAGGCGUGUGGAAACUCUGGGGAACCAAAAAACAGUUUAUUAAAGAUUAUAAACACGAGGGAAAAA